AUGGAGUCCUCUCCGUUGAAGAGCCGAGUUGGCUCGAUCUUGGGCGUCAAACGUCCUGCAACCCUACUACCUGCCUUUGAGCCGAGCUCGUCGCCCUCCCUUCCUCGGCCUCAAAAGCGUGUAGCACGCGAACCAGAUGUCUCGACGUAUCCCACCCCGGUCCCGACCUCGUCGACCCAUAUCAUGUCCUCUUCGCCUCCUCCUCCUGGCGUCGCUGCCUCCCGACCCGCCAUCCCACGGUCCUUCUCUGCUGCCCUCGAACGUGCGCCCUUGUCUGCUGUACCGGCGAUAAUGUUAUUGGAGAGUGGGGAGCCUAUUCUGAUGGGCAGAUCCAGUGUCUCAUGCCAUCACCAGCUCGCUGCUAGUCGCAUGAUCUCUCGUGUUCAUGUCAAGGCUACAUAUAAGCCGGCUCCGAACCCAUUCGAUCGGGAUAGGGUCGAAAUCGUGUGCAUGGGAUGGAAUGGGAUAAAGAUUCACUGCCAAGGGAGGAAAUAUGACCUGGCCAAAGGCAAGACCUUUACCUCGGACAUUAAAGAUGCAGAUAUCAUGAUAGAUGUUCAUGAGGCUCGUGUUCUGGUCCAAUGGCCUCGCAGCGAACGAAGGGACUGCCCGUCUACCGACUCGGAACAGACCAGUGACGAAGCAACACCGACUCAGCGACGCCAAUCCCGUCGAGAGCUGCAGGAAAGUCCGCUCCUGGAUCGCCAGCGUCUGGCAUCGCCUGUCUCCCCUUCGCCUGCUGUUCAGCAUGCCAUCCCCCAUCCUCGCCAAUUUUCACUCCUUCUCGUUCUCGUGCUCCAGUAG